AUGUUUAGAUACUUUAAUAUAAAUAAAAUAUUUAAAAGAGAAAUAAAUAAUAUUUCAUAUGGUUAUCUAAGCUUGCCAAUAAAUAGUAAAAUAGCUCAUUAUUUUGAGAAUUUAAAAAAAAAUAUAAUUUAUAUAAAUGAUUCAAAAAAUUGCAGAGAACAUAUAAAUGAAAUAAGAAAGAAUUUAAAUGAAAAAAUUAAUUUCAUUGGUUUGGAUGUAGAGGGCUAUAAAAUAGGCAAAAAUGGUAUAGUAAGUAUUAUACAAAUAUGUACAGAGGAUAUUUAUAUUUUUGAUUUAUAUAGAUGUGAUAAUACUUACUUAUUUAUUAUGUAUUUAAAAGAAUUGCUAGAAAAUGAAAAAAUAAUUAAGAUUACUCAUGAUUGCAGAGAAGACUGUUCUAUACUAUAUAAUCAAUAUAACAUUAAUUUAAAUAAUAUUUUUGAUACGCAAGUAGCAUAUAAUUUAUUUUUAAAAAAAAAGAAAAAAGAGUUAUAUCAAAUAAGCUAUGAUGAUUUAUUAUUCAAAUGUUUACUUUUAAAUAAUAAUCAGAAAAUAUAUUUUCAUAAAAUUAUUUCAUUAGACAAAAAAAUUUAUUUAAAAAGACCAAUUUCAAAAGAGUUAAUUCAGUAUGCCAUUCAAGAUGUACUAUAUUUAAAAUCACUAAUGUUAAUUCUAAUUGAUAAAUUAAGUAAUAUUGAUGAAAAAAAUAAUACUUUCUCAGAUUUAAAUACAGAAAAAAAAAAUGUGAAUAAUCUAGAUACGCAUAAAAUAGAUUUAAUUAAAUAUGUAAUAAAAAACAGUCAAAAAUAUAUUAAUUAUCAAUUUUUGAAUUCUCACAUAAAAAAUGAAAAAAAACUACAAAAGGGUAUGUUAAUUGAUGGCAUGAUUGUUUCUUGUAAUAACUUAAAAAUUUAUGUUAAAUUAAAUUUAAGUAAAAAUGGAGUAAUAACAAAUUACUUAAAUCACAAAUAUGAAAUAGGUGAUAUUGUCAAAUGUAUAAUUUUAGGGUUUUCUGGUAAUAAUUAUAUCAAUUUAGGAUUUUCUAAUCCUUCAAUUGAUAAAAUAAAUGAAUAA